AUGGGUACGCGGAAGCUCCGGUCCCAGGGGAGCGUCCCAGUCCUGCCCUCCUCACACCACAGCAUGGAGCCAGCGCUGGGCGACAGGCCCUGGGGUGCCCUCCCACAGAGGAGACCCAGGUCUCAGACAGCCGGCACGACCCCCUCGAUUCCUGUGGUCACAAGGCCCCAGGCCCCAGCGCCAGCCCAGCUACAGACCUGGGGUGAAGACAAUGGAGAAUGGGGCAUGACCUUGGGCAGCUUCUGGGCAGAACCACGGACACCCACACACGCCGUGCGCACGUCGGCUGUGACCACAGGGGCCUACGCGCGGUGCGCACGUCGGCUGUGA